UUUGUGUUGAAGACACAGGCGACUGGGCAGCAAAGUGGCGCGCACCAUUAAAAUCAUUUGGCAUGCCACUGUUGCCAAAUUAACUCCCAAUAAAUGGGCGCACAUUGCAAUCUACUAUGGUUAUUACGAAAACGUCUCGUGGGCCGGUUCACAGUGUAAAUGCUUAAUUUUAUUGUGUCAGUCCUCAGUCCCGGCAUAACAGUGUGUUGUGCCAGGGUAAACGGUCGCGCGCGCUAACCCUAAACUUUUUCCCGCCAUAUUCGAGGCCAUUUUUAUGAUGUGAAGUGACAGUUUAUACGGAUAGUAUUAAUUUUCAGUGGCCAGUGACAAUUUUUGGUGUUGAUAAUUGGUGGAGGAGACAGCUCCGCGAGAUGAACAAGAAGUCUCAUAAGAAAAAGCAGAAGAAACGAGGGAGAGGAGAUGGGAAGAAUAAAGAAAACAUCAUAGAAGAUGUGCAUGAUGAUAAAGAUGAAGGGUCUCCGGAGCCUGUCGUGGAGAAGAAGAAUGUAUGCUACGAGAUCCGGCAGUCUGAAGUGAUGGGCAGAUAUCUGGUAGCAAGUCGAGAUAUAAGAGCUGGCGAGGUGAUUGUUGAGGAACCAGCCAUUGCUGUGGGUCCCUGCACUGGAUGCGCUCUCAUCUGUCUUGGCUGUUACCGGGAACUUGAUGAAACCAGCUUAGCGAAAUGCCGAGGCUGCAAAUGGCCGAUGUGUAGCAGUUCAUGUCCUGGCUCCGGCAAGUACACAGGUCACUCAACGUAUGAGUGCGACACUCUGAAGGACAUACCACCAGACUACUCCAACCUUGAGGACCUCAAGGAUUCCUAUCAAGCUCUGAUGCCUUUAAGAUGUUUGUUACUAAAAACAGCGGACCCUGCGAAGUGGACAGCAUUAUCAGCGAUGGAGGCUCACAAUGAGAUGAGGAAGGCAAGGGGAGACAUCUGGCCGAUCAAUGAAAAGAACGUCGUACAGCGGAUGAAGAAGUGGGGACUGCAGUACGAGGAUCAGGAGAUACAUACUGUCUGCGGGAUAUUGGAGGUCAAUGCUUUCGAAGUAGGCGGCAGUGGUGCCAACGCCAGAGCGCUGUAUGACAGGGCGUACCUCCUUGCCCACGACUGCACACCAACCACCACACACACUGACUCCGAGAGGGUUCCUGGAAGACCACUCACCAUACGAGCUUCAGUUCCACAUAAGGCUGGAGACUUGAUAUCUCUGUGUUAUGCAUAUACGCUACAGGGUACCCUAAAACGUCGAGAGCACAUAAAACACAGCAAGUUCUUCGACUGCAGCUGUGCUCGGUGCCGUGACCCCACGGAGCUGGGCACCUACGCCAGUGCCUUCCGCUGCCCGCGCUGCAGCGGCCGCGUGCUGCCCACUGCUCCGCUGGACCCGGCUGCAAUGUGGCACUGUGUGGAUAAUGACUGCCAGUACGUCAUGACAGCGCCCUCAGUGCAACUGCUGCUGAAGAGACUCACAGACGAGUACGAGCAGAUAGACGCCAAUGACGUCCGAGGAUUCGAAGGCUUCCUCCAUAAGUACAGGAACGUGAUCCACAGCACGCACUACCUGUGCCUGUCCGCCAAGCACUCGCUCAGCCAGCUGUAUGGGAAGGUGGCUGAGUACAUGAUACACGAGAUGCCUGAAGCAGAACUCAAUAGGAAGAUAGAGAUUUGCAGGGAUUUGAUGAAGGCGUUUGACAUUAUUGAGCCAGGGUAUUCUAGGUUGAGAGGAGUAACGUUGUACGAGCUGCAUGCUCCUCUUAUGAUCCUCACUACGAGGGAUUUCGAGAAGAAGGCGAUCACCAAAGACAAUUUACGGACACGACUCAAAGAGAUCGUCAAGUACCUCACGGAAUCCGCGCUAAUACUGGGUUUCGAGCCAUCACAGUCCUCCGAGGGUCUGAUGGCGACGGCAGCAAGGGAUGCUCUCAAGAAGAUCAAAACUUGGGAACAGAUUAUUGGGAAGAUAUCAUGAUGACGUGUGAUGAUCAUCAGACGUGCAGAUAGAUGAGUCAUGAGAAGUGGAGAUGAUGGCAAUGUUAAAGAGU